AUGGCCAAGAAACGAAUCAGAAAAGAUCCCGGCAUUCCCAACAACUUUCCUUUUAAAGAAGAUGUUUUCAAACAUGUGGAGGAAUUUAAGAAACAGGCACAUGAGGUCCACAUGUACAACUUGAUGCACGCCAAGUCCGGUCAGACGGAAAAAGAAAUGAGUACACCCAUCAGCUCUGCUCUUCAGCGGGAAGCAGAUAAAGUUAUCAUGGAAGCGGAUGUAAUCCUUGAGGUCCUAGAUGCUAGAGAUCCCUUGGGCACACGAUCGGUAGAAACCGAACAGAAAGUACUAUCAGCAAAAAAACGCCUAGUGAUUAUUUUGAAUAAAAUUGACCUUAUUCCUAAAGCAAAUCUUCAGUCCUGGUUGACCUAUUUGAGACAGUCGUUUCCCGUUUUGCCGUUCAAGGCCAAUACUCAACAGCAGAAUAAAAAUUUGGGUCAUGACAAACGAAUUUGGAAGGUAGAUGAAAUCAUAUCUGAAAAAACUACGAAAUUUAACAAAGGUGUUGGCGUUGAGGACCUGCUUUCGCUCUUGGCGAAUUAUGCACGCAGCGGAUCCAAGAAACCAUCACAAGGAGAAAAUCGUGCUAGCUGUUUGACUGUUGGCGUUGUUGGAUUUCCCAACACGGGGAAAAGUGCCAUCAUUAACACCUUGAAACGUCAGAAGCCUGAACAAUUAACGGAUCCAAUUCCGGCCGUUGAAGCCAUUCUUUCUCGAUGCCCCAAACAACAGCUGAUCUCGAAAUAUGAUAUCAAUGAUUACACCAGCUCCACCGACUUCCUCGUUAAUUUAGCUCAUCGUUUGGGACGCCUGAAAAAAGGUGGCGUCCCUAAUACCACUCUAGCAGCACGAGCGGUGAUUACCGACUGGAUCACGUAA